AUGUACUAUGUUAAGCGGGCUAUAUAUGGGCCCGAUCCCAAGGAGCAGAAACGGAAAUGCGACGCUCUGAUUCGAAAAAACCAACGGGAAAUUGACAAGCAGCUGUCGGGAUUGAGGGCGAGCGAGAACAAAACCAAAGGUAUGAUUAAACAGUGCGCACGGAGAAACGACGUCAAAAGCGCCAGAAUGCUCGCACGUGAGAUAUUCAAGGCCCAAAAACACAGAGAAAAGCUCCUGGAGUCUAAGGCUCGGCUGAGUUCAAUCCAGAUGCAGGUAGGAGAGGCAUUUGCUAUGCAAAAGAUGCAAGGAUCCAUGACUUCCUCUGCACAACUCAUGAAAGAGGUCAACCAGUUGGUCCAGCUACCGGAGCUGAUGGGUACGAUGCAGAUGCUGGGGCAAGAGCUGAUCAAAAGCGGUGUUAUUGACGAGAUGGUCACGGAGACUCUCGAGAGCUUGGACGAGUACGAUGCUAUUGAGGACGACGCAGAGGGCCAAGUCACGAGUAUUUUAGACGAAAUUUUGGGCGAGAAAAAGACGACCGAGCCAGCAGUUGCCGCCCCAGCCGCCCCGGCCGCCGCCCGUGCGGAGCCCGAAACCGAAGCAGAGGAAGACGAGGCUAUGAUUUCGGACUUCCGCAAAAGAUUACAGGCAUUGCACACUUGA